AAUAUCAUUUGUGUAUCUCAAUUGGUCUUGAAUUCGGUGUCUGAUGAGGUACGACACAUCUCAUAUAAAGUCAGUAGUCUCCGUGUCCUGUCGUCCGUGUCUCACGAAUCCAUAUGUAUAGGGUGAGCAACGACGUAAAUGUGCUGACUACAUUGAGUUGGUAUAUAAGGUAGCCGGUAACCAUCCAAUCCUCAGACCGAGUACGAUCGUCAAACUGUUUGGAGACGCGCUACUCAAUUCGUAACUAUUAACGACCAAGUAUAACUUAAACCGAACCACUUUCGUUUAAUAAUCGAAGCUUCUCAACGAUUCCAAUAAACCAAAAAAAAAUAAAUUUAAAUAAAAAGUCAAGUAAAUCAGUCUUUUGUUAAAAAUAAUGAUUCUGCUGCUAAACAUGAUCAGUGUUACGACUUAUUUGCUUAUGAUCGGAGCACUCGCGUUUUUGGCUCUGAUUUUGAUCGACCGCAAGGCCCGAGCCAAAAAAAAGAAGACACUCGCCCGCGUUUACAUCGAUCGGGGUGACAAAAUCGAAGUUCUCAAGCAAGCUCCCGGUCCCGAGCCCUGGCCGAUCCUCGGCUCGCUUUACAUUCUCGCGAAAUACGACGUGCCCUACAAGGCAUUUGGUGAACUCGCUAAGAAAUACAACAGCCAGGUGAUCAAAAUAAAACUCGGCUCACUUCCGUGCAUUAUUGUUAAUGGAUUUGAUAAUAUUAAAGAGGUUCUGUUCACUCGAAAUUACGAUUUUGAUUCACGCCCAAAUUUUGCGAGAUACAACCGUCUUUUUGGUGGCGACAAAGGCAACUCAUUGGCCUUCUCAGAUUGGACAGAGCUGCAGAAAUCUCGUCGCGAGAUGCUCCGCAACCAUACAUUCCCGCGUGCCCUCACUUACAGGUACCACGAGUUGAAUGUAAUGAUUGCAUCGGAAGUGGAAAACCUGUUGGCUCACCUUGACAGACCACUCGAUACGAUGAAGGUCGCGGUCAAACCACUGGUACUUAGCACAUGCGCCAAUAUAUUCACCGGUUACUUCUGUGCAAGACGAUUUGAUUGGUCGGACAACGAUUUUCGUCGGAUGAUUGAAAACUUCGACGGAGUCUUCUGGGAAGUUAACCAGGGAUACGCUGCUGAUUUUCUGCCAUUCUUGAUGCCAUUCCACCGCAAAAACUUGGACCAGGUCGCGAAAUGGACCCAUGAGAUCAGGGAGUUUGUUGUUGAUAAGAUCGUCAGCGAGAGAAGACGGAAUUGGGCGCCAGUUAAUGAUAGCAGUGAGGAGGCUUGUUAUCUUGACCAUCUUAUCGAGCAUAUACAGAGCAAGGCUUCUCCAGAGAUGUCCUGGGACACUGCCCUGUAUGCGCUGGAAGACAUAAUCGGCGGUCAUGCUGCGAUCGGGAACCUGCUGGUCAAAGUUUUUGGAUUCUUGGUCAAUCAUCGGCAAAUCCAGGAACGGGCGCAACAGGAAAUCGAUUCGCUGCACAUUGUUGAGAAUACUGUUGGGCUGGAGCACAAGAAGAACCUCCCGUAUGUCGAAGGAAUCAUCCUGGAAGCUGUCAGACUCGUCGCCAGCCCGAUUGUUCCUCAUGUUGCGAACAAGGACAGUUCUGUUGCUGGAUUCAGCGUCGAAAAGGACACUUUCAUUUUCCUGAACAACUACGAGCUGAACAUGAGCAAGGAAUUGUGGAAAGAUCCAGAGUCGUUUGAUCCCCAGAGAUUCAUCACUUCCGAGAACAAAAUCUUGAAGCCAGAGUACUUUCUUCCAUUUGGUGGAGGUAGAAGGUCUUGCAUGGGCUACAAAUUAGUACAAUACGUGAGUUUUUCAGUCCUCGCGAGUAUCCUAAAGAAUUUUACAAUUCUUCCAGUGGAAAAUCAGGUGUACAAAGUACCAGUCGGAAGUCUAGCGUUACCACAAGUUACAUUUAACUUCAGGUUUGAGAGACGAUGAAGUUAAAUCUAAAUAUUAAUAUAUAUAAAAAUAUGUAUAUAUAUAUACAUAUAUAUGUAUUUUUAUAUAUUAAAUGAUGCAUUUACUGAAAAUGAAGGCUCAAAGAAAUUAUCUAAAUGAAAUUAUUAGAUGUAAAUUAGCCAAUUUUAUUUCAAUUAUCAAUGAUUUUUAUUCAUUGAACCAUGUAGACUGUUUUAGUUUUUAAUUUUAUAUAUUAUAUAUACUCAGAUAAAAAUACUCAGAUAUGAUCAUAUAUGAUCAUGUUUUAAUUUAAACCUAAUCAGGUAUGAUCAGAUAAUCAUACUUAUGAUGAGAUAUUAUCACUUUAAUUAUCAUAUGUAAUUAUAUCUGUUAUUAAAUGUAGUCAGAUAUGACCUAUAUGAAUUUGAACCUGGUCAUAUAUGGCCCUAUCUGAUCAUAUAUGACGAUACCUAAUCAUAUGUGAUCAUAUAUGAUCAUAUGUGAUCAGGUAUGAUCACAUAUGAAUUUGAAACUGAUCAUAUAUGAUCACAUAUAAUUAGGUAUGAUCAUAAAUGAAUUAAAACCUGAUAAUAUAUGAAUUAAAACCUGAUUAGGUAUGAUCCCAUAUGAUCAUAUAUGGUCAUAUGUGGUCUUAUAUGAUCAUAUAUAAUCACAUAUGACUACAUAUGAUUAUAUAAGACCACACAUGCUCAUAUAUGACCAUACCUAAUCACAUAUGACCAUAUAUGAUCACAUAUGGCCAUGUAUGAUCAGAUAUGACCGUGUAUGAUCACAUAUAAGUUAAAAAGUACACAGACAAAAAAAUAUGAUCAUAUCUGAAAUUAAAUAUGAUCAGAUUUAUAUUAGAACCUACUCAGGUGUGAUCAUAUAUGAUCAGAUAUGAUCAUUCUGCAAAACAAAUCAAAUCUGAGUUUUUAUAUAUGAUCAUAUCUAAGUAUUUUUUGUCCGAAAAAAAAAAUUAUAUAUAUACAUAUAUAUAAUUCAUUCAUAUAACAUUUAUUCAUCGUUAAAUUUUCGCCGUCAUCAUGUGUGAAUUACUUAAUAAAUAAUUUAUUUCUUCUGAGACGAGAGAAAAAAGAAUGAACUUAAUUUUAAUAAAUAUGUAGAUUUUAAGUUAAGUAAAUAUAUACUGUGCUUUUAUAAAUUUUCAGUUUAUACUCUAAAUAAAUAAAUAACCAUAUUAAUAAUU